AAUAAUAAUUAUCUAUCCAACUUCCGUCCUAGAGGAAUGUAUGCACAUCAAAUAAUUCACUUCCUCUCAUUCUAACCGAAAAUUCAGAUUGUAAUGUAACGCAAAAUUUAAAUCCAAUCCAAUCAAAUCAAUCAGUUCUGCAACAUUUAUGUAUUGAAAACAUUGAUGCAGCAAAAGGCAAGUUGAUUGAUGGUGCGGAAAAGUUAAGCGACAAGCGGUCUGUGAUUGAUUGGUAUUAAGUACUUUACAUCAUGAUUCGUUAUAAGCUUGUGAGUAAUUUAGAGCACAAUUUUUGCAAGUUUUUACCUCCAUUUACAUUCUUACAGAUAAGCUUCAAGCCAAUAAAAUUGGGACAGAACGGAAGUAAAAAGUAGUCUAAAAUUAAAUUGCUAAAUGCUUAAAAUCUUCCUGCGUAAACGGCUUCCUGACAAAUUUCUGUCUUCCACAAAAUGGGGAAUCGAUACUUUUUCUAGUCUGAAAAUACUCGUGGGACGAUAAACAUUUAUUUUAGCAAGGAUUUUUGUAAGCUAGUCAAAAUGCGUAUUAUUUCAACAGUUUUGGUCAUAAUUGUCCCGAUUUGUUGGGGCAGAUCCGUAUCAAACUCUACGAUUAUUAGAAAAGGUGGUGAAAAUCUCAAAAGUGCGUCGUCUAACCGUCAUUAUGAUGACCACAACAGUGGUCACCAUCAAAAGAAUUCUAACAAUGGGCGGAACGAUAACGACAACGAGAGUGAAAAUUCCUAUAAUUAUGACGACACUGGUGGUGGGGUUUAUGCAAAGUUGGAUGAAAUCAUUUAUCCUUUCCAACAAUAUAUUCAAGUUCGGAAUUCUUACAGCGUGGAACACCUCCCUUUCAAGGACGACUCCAGCGAUGACAAUAAUCAUGACAAAUCUGCCACUGAUUUUGCCCCCGUUAAAAAUUCUUCCUCACGAAAGAAACGGAAACCUAAAAAGAAAUCUAACUUGGACACAUCCGCGUCCACAAACAGGGGACACGAUGAUCAUCAUCACACUAAUGAAGGCGAAGAAGAGGAGAGCGGCCAUAACAAUAGGAGAGAUGUGCACGGUGAAAGUGAAGAUAAUAAUAGUAAUGACGAUCAUUAUAGUCACGGAUCAGUCGGACGUGAACACGGUUCCCACGACCAUGGGUCAUCUUACACGGAUCAUAAACCUCGUCUCACAGAAGAAGUGGAAAAUUACAAGAAGCAGGAAGUCUAUGAAGAGAAGGGAUACGCGGAUGGCGCUUAUGACCACGGAGCUUAUGGUGAACAUUCAGACGAUAAGUACAAAGGACGAGGACGUGAUGAUGACCGUGGACAAUAUGCUCAAGAACAAUCCCCCUCCACUUCUUCCACGGAAGAAUCCCGACAAUCCAAAAGUUACCAUAAAAGUAGACCGAUAAGAAAAAGACGCCUUCAUCUCUCUGAACAUCCCACAUCGACCAAACUCUUAGAAUACGCAGCCACCAAAUUAUACGACAAGGAUGCCCACGAAAAAGGAAUUUACGCUGCCCGAGAUAACAUCCAUUGUCCGGAAGUGAUUGACUUCGAUUUGAGCUCGAAGAAGAUGGCGAUGGGAAAAGGGGGCGAAAAUCCGCGUGGGUCGAAACCUCGUCUUACCGGAUUAGGUAGCAAGAUUAAAUGCUUAAAGGAAAAGUAUUGGGGGAAGGAACCACUUCCGCGACAGAUUUUCAUGGAACCGUCCGAAUCCAGGAUGUCAGUCAUUAAAAUGCCGACGUUUGACCAGUUCUACAAAAGUUUUAGGGAUGAAGUCGACUCUAUAAGUUCAUUUCAACAUGUGUGAGAAAUAAAAUGUGUUCUUUUUUGGCGAUUUCUUUGUAUUGUUUUUUUUCGUUUGUUUGUACUUUUUAAGUUUUAACAAGGGUUAGUGAUAAUUAAUAUGAUUAAUUAAUUACAACUACAAAACAAGGAGGUUAUUAUUAAAAUUAUGCAAAGUUUAGCAGUCUAAGCUGGGAUAUCUACAUCAUAUAUCCAAAUUACUUUGUUAUUAUUAAACACAAACACAGUCUGAGAAACAUGAUACAUGAAAAGUAAAUAAGUAACAUAACAAAA